AUGUCGCAGACACGCGGAACAGAACUCGACCCCCUAGUCGACCAAUUCCAGCACUUAACAUCCAAAGCCCGACCAAAUGAAGCUCUCAAUGUCCUCAAGCGCGUGGCCUCCCUGGUCAAGCCUAUUAUGCGUGUUCGAGGCUGGCGGGUCGGCGUUCUAGCAGAGUUCUACCCCGACGAGCAUGCCUUGCUCGGUCUCAACACCAACCGCGGCGAGGCCAUCCAUCUGAGACUCCGAUAUCCAUCGGACGACAGGCAGUUUCUGCCCUUCGAGAACAUCGUGGACACCAUGCUGCACGAGCUAUCUCACAUUGUGCACGGGCCACAUGACCAGGCCUUCCACGCCCUGUGGGACAAAUUGCGGGAUGAGCACGAGGCUCUGCUGAGAAAGGGCUACACGGGAGAAGGAUUCCUGGGUAAAGGAAACCGCCUCGGCGGAAGAGGCAUCCCGAGAUCUGAACUCCAACGGCAGGCUCGCGCGGCGGCUGAACGGCGGGGCCGGAAUGCCGUCCUAGCACAGGGUAGCGGCACCAAGCUUGGUGGGAAAGGGAUACUGCGCGGCCAGGAUGCGCGCGAGAUCAUCGCCGCCGCGGCGGAGAGACGGAACCGCGUGAACCGCGGCUGUGGCAACACGGUGCCCGACAUGGGCAGGAAGCUCGCGCAAGAACAAGCCAUCAAGAAGGAGAAAGUCGCUACCACGCAGGCGGAGAAGGCGGACGAAGACGAAGCAGCGCUCAUGCAAGCCUAUAUCGAGAUGAUUCAGGAGGAGGAAGCUCAGCUGUUCGGUGCGGGCUACAUUCCACCCAGCCGGGACAACCCUACUGGCGGCUUUAAACAGGGGAACACCGUGCAGCCACCCACAGACAUGAGGAAGCUACGCGAGGAACAGCUUCAGAUCGAACGACAAUUGAGAGAGAAGCCGGAAUCAAACACUUCGACGACAGAGUACGAACCGGGAUCCAAACCGAACUCGAUGUCGAAACCCAAGCCAGCAUCAAAUCCCACUUCCGCACCGCCACCGCCACCGGCACGUCUCCCCCACGAAGAACAAACCUGGACAUGCGAAAUCUGCACGCUCAUAAAUCCGAUCACAUACCUCCUCUGCGGCGCCUGCGAGACCGAGCGACCACCAUGGUUCAAUCCACCUUCUCCCCCUCCUUCCUCAUCCACCCUUUCAUCCACAUCCAACGCCCGCGCCAAAUCUUCGAAACCCCAGCCUCAUAACGUCCUGGCUUCUCGCAACGCAGCAGAUAACAUCGCGCGCUUCGAGAGCGCCGCCAAACAAAAAGCCCAAACCAACCCCGUGGGCUGGACGUGUGGGCAGUGCGGCAACUGGAUGGAGAGCCAGUGGUGGACAUGCAGCAUGUGCGGGAGGAUGAAGGCCAGUUCAUGA